UGCAUGCAAGAUUAACCCCGUGCGGAGAGGAUCCCAGUGCCAAACCGGCGUUGAUAGUCUACUUCUAAGGGAAACGAAGGAGGGGAAAGCUAAAUGUACACGUUCUGACAUGUACUAUUGCAAUUUGAGAUACAUUUUGGGAAAUGGUGCUGUAAUUCCGCGAAAACUGAGUAACGAGGACCACUAUCAAAUCCUGUGAGAACCUGCUCUCCUAAAACAACAACAACAACAAAAAAAAAAAAAAAACAUCAUCUGAGUGUUUGAGGAUUUAUGGACUGAAAACGGGGGAAGUAGCUCGUUUUAGAACUGUUUCUAUGUUGAGAAACAACCAGUGACAUUUCAAUACCUAUCGGCAGCGGUAAUUUCUCAUUUAUCAUCAGUUAAAUGAGUGCCGACGUUAUCAGACUGACGCGGAGUCGUGGGAAUGGCGUGGAGAAAUAGCGCGGCCACUUAUGGAUUGUUUUCCAACCGAAGGAUUUUAUGUUUUCUUGAUGUCUGGAUUCCUUAAACAAGGGGUGUAGGGGUCUGUGUUACGUCGAAGGAAACAUCAGCUGUAGUUGAUUCUCAGACAAGAAGCAUCGGUCUCGGUUGAGACGCAGGGAUCUGGCGAGCAAAAAAUAAAACAAAGUGAUCGACGAAGACUGAGGUGUUACCUCUCCGUGGGCUCAUGGAUCUCCCUGUGGCAUUUUUUCUGCUGUGGGGACUGCUACUGGACUUGUUGAGUGGUGCAGUAGGUGGCAUUCUCUACCGUGUGCAUGAGGAACAGCCUCCCAGCACGCUCAUUGGCAGCCUGGCGGCAGACCAGGGCCUACCAGACACUGGACACCUGUACAAACUUGAGGUGGGCGCUCCCUACUUGCGGGUGGAUGGAAAGACUGGGGAUAUCUUUACCACUGAGAUCCCCAUAGACAGAGAGACUUUGAAGGACUGUCGCAACAAAGGCAAGCCCUGCUUUCUGGAGUUUGAGGUGUCUGUCACAGACCUUAUUCAGAAUCAGAGUCCACGGCUGAUAGAGGGAAGGAUUGAGGUGCAGGAUAUCAAUGAUAACACACCACAGUUUCCCUCACCUGUCCUCACCCUCUCGGUUCCAGAGAACACCCACAUGGGGGCACUCUUCUCAAUUCCACUGGCCACUGACAAAGACACAGAGAGGAAUGGAGUAGCUGACUACACCUUAACAGCAGGACCAGAGGCUGUAGCACUCUUUGGUCUGCAGGUUGCAGAAGACCGUGGUGAAAAAUUGCCUCAACUGAUUGUUUUGGGAAGCCUUGAUCGAGAGCUGAAAGACUCCUAUGACCUCACCAUCAAAGCUGUGGAUGGAGGCAAUCCACCUCGCUACAGCAGUGCCUUGCUAAGGGUCGUGGUCGCUGAUGCCAAUGACAAUGCACCCAAAUUUGAAAAAUCAUCCUACGAUGCAGAAGUUGCAGAGAACAGCCCAAUUGGACACUCUGUUUUGCAGGUGAAGGCUAAUGAUUCAGACUUGGGCCCUAAUGGUGAGAUUGAAUACACAUUACAUCAGGAAAUUGAUCCUGUUCCAAAACUACUCCGGAUAGACCGUUCCACAGGUAUCAUAUAUGUCAAAGGCCUGAUAGAUCGUGAGGAGAUCAACAAUCUCAAGUUUUAUGUUGUUGCACGUGACAAAGGCCCCUCACCCAAAAGUUCAAAAACAUAUGUUUCUAUUGAUGUGAUGGACCAUAAUGACAAUGCACCAACAGUCGAGAUUCGUGGCAUUGGACUUGUGACCCAUAAUGAUGGGGUAGCAAACAUAUCAGAGGACAUGCCAGUUGGCACUGCAGUGGCACUGGUGCAGGUUUCAGAUAAGGAUGAAGGGGAGAAUGCCGUGGUGACCUGUGUGGUUGCAGGUGAUGUUCCUUUUCAGCUUCGGCCAGCCAGCGAUUCCUCAGUGGAUAACAAGAGGAAGUACUUCCUGCAGACAACAACACCUCUGGACUAUGAAAGAGUUAGGGACUACCGAGUGGAGAUAGUGGCAGUGGAUUCAGGCAACCCGGCUCUUUCCAGCACUAACUCUCUGAAAGUCCAAGUGACUGACACAAAUGACAAUUCCCCCAUUUUCUCACCAACCCUAUUUGAAGUGGAGUUUGCUGAAGAGAACCAGCCAGGGGAAAAAGUAGUAGAUGUAAUAGCCUCAGAUGCAGACAGUGGCACAAAUGCAGAGCUGGUCUACAGCAUUCUUGCCGACUCUUCAACAAGGGGGCUAUUUGAGAUUGACCCCAGCUCAGGUGAAGUACGUGCUCGGAGCCCUCUAGAUCGUGAGCACAAGGAGCGAUAUGAGUUCCGUGUUACUGCAGCUGAUAAAGGGGUUCCUAGUCACAGGGGAACUGCCACAGUUGUAAUCAAGGUGCUUGAUCGGAAUGACAAUGAUCCCAAGUUCAUGCUGAGUGGCUACAGUUUCUCAGUCUUGGAGAACAUGCCUCCCCUUAGCCCUGUUGGCAUGGUAACUGUCCAGGACAUGGAUGAAGGUGAAAAUGCUCAAGUGCAACUUUCUGUGGAACCAGAUGUAGGGAAAUUUGUGAUCCAGAAUGGCACAGGCACUAUCCUAUCCAGUAUCUCAUUUGACCGCGAGAAGGAAAGCAGUUACACAUUCCGGUUGAAAGCUGUGGAUGGAGGGGACCCACCCAGGUCUUCCUACGUUGGCGUGACCAUUAAUGUCCUUGAUGAGAAUGAUAAUGCACCUGUUGUCACCAAACCAUCUAACUCAUCCUUCAGACGACUAUCUCCAAUGGCUGCUCCAGACAGUGUUGUGGAAGUAGUUGAAGCAGAGGACAUUGAUUCCGGGUCCAAUGCUGAGUUGGUAUAUAGCAUAGCAGGUGGAAACCCACAUGAUCUUUUUUACAUCUCUCCAUCUGAUGGAGAGAUCACGCUAACGAAGGAACUAACUCGCAAACAUAGUGGUUUGCAUCGACUGGUAAUAAAAGUAAGUGACAGGGGGAAACCAUCCCGUCAUGCCAUUGCCUUGGUACACAUUUACGUAAAUGAGACCAUUGCUAAUAUAAGUCACAUUGAGGCACUUGUGGGACACAGUUUGUACACCCCACUGGACAUGGACAUUGCAGGAGACCCUGAUUUUGGUUUGGCUGCCCAAAGAAGCAACAUUGUGUAUGGCAGUUUGGCUGGAGUGGCAGGGGUUGUCACUGUGAUUGUUGUGGUGGUCUUCAUCAGACAUCGCCUUCAGAGAGAAGCUAAGAGUGGUUACCAAGCUGGCAAGAAGGAGACCAAAGAUCUGUAUGCCCCCAAGCAAGGGCCAAAAAGUGGCAAGGGGAGAAAGGGUAAAAAAGGUAAGCCACCAAAGUCACCCAAACCUCUUGGAGAGGAAGAAGACGUCAGUCUUCAAAAGAGUCUCAAAUUUAACCUUGAUGGGGUUAAUGACAGCCCCAGGAUCCAUUUGCCUCUGACAUAUCCACCUGGAAGUCCUGACCUAGGCAGGCACUACCGUUCCAAUUCCCCAUUGCCCUCCAUCCAGCUCCAGGCCCAGUCACCAUCUGCCUCCCAAAAGCAUCAGGCUGUCCAGGAGCUACCUGCUGCCAACACCUUUGUGGGAACAGGAGGUGAUGACAACUCCACUGGCUCAGACCAGUACUCGGAUUACAGCUACAAGACCAAUCAACCAAAAUACAGCACAAAAACGCUCCCACAUCGCAGAGUGACGUUCUCCACAGCAAAUCCCAUGCAAGAUCAGCAGGACUCUUCCCAGCAGAGUUACUAUGACAGUGGCUUGGAGGAGUCAGAGACCCCGAGCAGCAAGAGCUCUUCAGGGCCACGUAUCGGCCCCCUCGCCCUGCCUGAGGACCACUAUGAGCGAACCACCCCUGACGGCAGCAUUGGCGAGAUGGAACACCCAGAAACCGAUAUUCGCUCAUUGCCUGAUGUUGCCAUGACGGGAAACUGCAGUCAGGAGUGUAGCGAACUGGGUCACUCAGAUGCCUGUUGGAUGCCAGGUCAGCCUUCACCCGUCCGCAAGACACGCAACCCCCCCAAAAUGUCUACGUUUGUGCCUUAUCAGGAGAGGGGGAGCCUGGGACGCCUGGCUAAUGGGAGUGUGAGGCUUGGAGGAGAGGAGAACAGGCCACGCCUCCCACCUUCUCGUAGUGCCUACUCCAGUAGUGACCACACCCCCAGUGACCACGCCCAACUGGAGGAGGUGCCUCUGAGUGUGACAUCAGAGUUCCCGCCCACCAGUCCCACCUCCAAACACUCCUCGAAAAGGGAGAUAUACCUGUGAGAUAAACACACCCACCAUCUUCGAUUGAUGCACAUCAGAAUUACAGAGACACAGUUUUGCAAUGAGAUGUUUGUAAAAGAACAUCGAACCUGCGACAGGAUGAAAUAUCAAUUUAAUAGUGGAAAAAUACACUAUUUGUCAUCAAAAAUGUGUUGAAGAGGAGAUUUAUUUAUUUUAUUUAUUUAUGAAUUCGUUCAUUAAUCCAUCUAUUUUCUUUUUUACAUACCAUCAAAAACAAUUGACAAAUACUUUGAUGUGACUAACCAAGUUUUAGCUUCACUAAUCUGCAGAAUGUUGAUGGGUUCUUUAAAUACAUUACUGAGUGCUGUAGUGCCAUGGGCAGGAGAUAAUGCUGUUAAGCGUCUUGAGCCACAUAUAGAGUGUCUAACACUCUUAACUUGAUCCUGUCCUCAGAGGGGUGCAGUCUUUAUACAUGUAAAACGCUGUAAAUACAUUUGUAUGAUGUAGAUAUGAAUAUUAAUAUCAGGCUUGACUUGAAAAAUAAUAAAAAAGUUACAUCUAAACCAGCCUGAACACCUGAUGUGUGUGCUGCUUUUGAGGGUCAAAAUGUGUGUAAUGCUUAGAUGGGAAGGUGAAUAAAAGAACUGCAAUGGAGGGGACACAUUCCUAAUACUGGUGCUCUGUAACCCUUGCCGUGCCGGUCUAGGCCACACAGUGUCUAGUUUGUGUGUAUGUGUGUGGGUGUGUAUUAGGUGAGGAGGGUGGGUUUAACAGCGAAAAACACCAUGACAGAGCUAACCAUAUACCAGUGUGUGUGCAUGUGUUUGUGCAUCAGGAGACCUACUGUCACAAAGUAACGUGUGGCUUCUGGCACAUUGACACACAAUUCAACAGAUGAGAAUGCACAUGCACAACUGGUGUUUUCUGGCACUGUGAAUCUUCUAUUACUUCUGAACUCCCACAGUGCAGUCUCUCUGGUGCUCGCAAAGACGCCUUCAGCUCACAUAGUACAGUGGUGGUUACCACAAAAAUAGCGAUUGAGAGUCCAUGAACAUGCAGAGCCUCCAUCAAAUGGAUACAUUUUGCCACAAUCAUAUUCAUGGUCUUGCUAUCAUUGUUUACAUUGGUUUUUUGUUUUGUUUUUUAUGACUGAUUUUAAAGGGAAAUCUUUGUGUCCAAUUUUCAUUUUGUACAUUCAACAAAUGUAUAAAUGCCUUAAAACUGUUGUAUAUAACAAUCACAAUGGACAAAUUAGACUGAUAAUCCUGUCUUGUCUUUCGCAUGUCAAUUGUGCAUGUUUUUUUUUCCACAAUCAAAAAAAUACAAAUGUUAUAAAAUAUUACAUUAGCGUACCACAUUUUGUCUAUAUUUUUCACCACCUUUUUAUACAUAAAUGUUCUGUCCUCCAUUGUUUAGGUAUAUCUUCUAGUUUAAUAAUUUUUUUUUUUUUUUUUUUUUUUUUUUGACACUGUGUUGACUAUCUAACCUGCUCUAGCUGUCUCCCUCCAUGUUUGAGAGAAUUUUUGGGGGGACUAUUUUGACAAUGACUAUCUAGUGUGCUCAAGGAUCCAGAUAUCUAAUGGAGAUUUUCAUAACUCAAAGUGUAGCGGCUCGAUAUCUUUCCUCACCUGUUGCAGCACAAUACCUGCCUAGAUCCCAGAGCUUGGGCAAGUGCGAGUUUGUGCCUGCAGGGGGGUGAAUGGGGUAUACUGCGAUGGGCAUUUCCUUAAUUAGGGUGAGUAUUGAGUGUUGUGUAGCUGGCAUAUGUGAACACUCCAGCCCCCAAAGAAAGAACAGAUCAUGGAUAAGAUCCCGGUCCAUCAGUGAAAAUAUGGCUUUAAUUGUUUAGAGUCAAACUUUUUACUGCGCUUACCUCAUUGCGACUGCCUUCAGCGCCUGGUGCUGAAUAAUUAAGGCCAAAACAUAUGGAAAUUACCAUAGCUAUGGUUAAAUAAGGUGAAUGAUUAUCCCACCCUAAGGAAAGAAAGCACAUUAUGCUGUUUUCAAAGCCAUUUAGUAACUCUGAUUAAAAAAACAAAAACAGCGAGAGUCAUGAUCCAGUGUGAUUAGCCCAGUUCACAUUCCCCUCCUCUUUGCCAUGACUGCACUUAGCUUCAGCUCUGCCUAGGCAAAAGUGUGAGAUCGCUGACCUGACUAAACACAGAUAAAAGAUAGAGAUGACCACAAAACUCUACCACCACUUAAAGGCUUUCAUCUAUUCAAACUCUGAGUGAAGCAGGCUUUGACCUUCCCGCACUCUGAUGCCAACCUGAGACAGAUACUCUGAAUUGCAGGUUUUGCCUUCUCUGAAUUCAUCUUGAAUUUGUGAGUCUGGCUCUUUUAUUCAUUGUAAUUCUAAGGCUAUAGACUGAAUUCAUCUUGAAUUUGUGAGUCUGGCUCUUUUAUUCAUUGUAAUUCUAAGGCUAUAGACUCUGAGUCAUUUGCCCGGAUAACUGGUUUUGUUUCCUGGGCCCCUCAGAGGACAGACUGAGUAAUGUCCACUUCUUGUGGUUGUUUUUUAAAACUGGUGUUUAGAUGUGUGCUCUUUCGCUGUUAGAUGUCUCUAUAGCUGAGGACUUAUGGAUGUGAAAAGACCAUAAUGAAUGAAUAAGUCUUUUCUUUGUCCCUAGAAUGAGACUUUUCUUCAUACAAUAACAAAAACUGGUGUUUGUGGUAAACAUCUCUCAAAAAAAGUGUUUUGUACAUAGCUCUCCACAUCCCCCUGUGCGUGGUGUCAAGCAGGCGACAAGUUGAGCAUGAAUUCCAAAGAUAAUUGGUAGAAACCGUUUACUGUUCCUGCUGAGAUGUUAGUGCCAGUUCAGAAACCUUUCCUUGAGAACAAAAUAGAUGUUCACUGCACAAACUCAUCCUCACCGUUCACCCCAAACUAAAGACAGCUGCCUUGAAAGUAUGUCUUUUGCAGGAGAGUUCAAAACUUGUUAUCCUUAAUUGUUGGUUAUAUUUAUAUAGGACUAAAAUGCUUGUGAUGAUCUGUUUUUGUACAGUUUUAUGUACAUGCAAGUGAAGCUUUUUAAAUCUUACAACAAAAGUCGAUGGCAUAAAAAAAUCGUAAAGUGUUUAUUGAGAUGUGCACAUCUUGCCUUGGAUGGAUUGAUCUUUUGCUGAGUCAGUGUGAAAGUGGCCGUUGUACGCCUGCACCGUAGUCAUUCACUGGCUCCUGUCACCGAGGGCUUUAUCAGUUUUUAUGUUUAUAGUGAACAGUGGAUUGUCCGAUCCGACUUGUUUGUUUAAUUUCCAUGUGUUUUGUUUCGUUCUGUUCCGCAUGUUGAAAACAAAUUCCUUGUAAUAAGUCCUUGCAAAGUUUGUAAUAAAAUGAGUGAAGAAAAAAAAAAGAAAUACAUUUGCUUGGUGAGUCAUUGUUUAAGAAUGAAUCUAGGACUGUGAUCUCUUCAUAAAGCUUUUUCAUUAAUAAAGCAAA